GGUUAACUGGACUUAAGACAGCAGCCAGAGGUCCUAAAAGACAGGUUGAGGACAAGUCUUACUUCUUGGGAUCGUUAAGAGGAAAAAUUAAUGAAUUAAAUUUGGAAAUAGCCUCUUUACACAAAAGAUUUUCAUCAGCGGAGGAAGAAAAUGCUGAUUUUGUACAUUAUGAACAAAUGGCGGAAGGAUUAGCUUUAGAAAUAAAAUCUUUG